AUGACAAAGGAGUUUCUCACCAAUGUGGUCGCUGCGAGUUCAAGUCCAGCUCAUGCUGGCUUUCCCUCCGUUGCGUUGUCAGAGAACUACAUUUUUGAUCAGGUCAAACCACCGCCGGGGCAACCUAUAAUCGAACUGGCUCCUCCACGACGUGUAACCAAUCAAACUGGUUGGGCCAGUUUUAUCAGAGAGACCAGUGAGACUUUAGAGAUCGAUGGGACCGGUGGGAAUAGUGAGACGUUAGAGAUCAGUGAGACCGAUGGAAACAGGGGGACCAGUGGGACUUCAGAGACCAAUGGGACCAGCGGGACUUUAGAGACGCGUGGGAAGAGGGAAACCAGUAUGACCAUUAAGACUAUUAGGGCCUUAAAAACCAGUAAGACCCUAGAGACCAGAGAGACCAGUGGGAGUAUUAGAGGGAUAACUUUGACCAGAGAGAAAAGACGAGCCAAAAUUAACAGUAAAAGAAGGGGAUUCAGUCGGAGAAAAGGGACCAGUAGAACAAGAGGAACCAGUCUGACCACUAGGAGAAAAGUAACCAACGUGAGAAAAGGGACCAGUAGGACAAGAGGAACCAGUCUGACCACUAGGAGAAAAGUAACCAGCGUGAGAAAAGCGACCAGUAGGACAAGUUGGACCGUUAGGAGAAAAGUAACCAACGUGAGAAAAGGGACCAGCAGGACAGGGGGAACCAGUCGGACCACUAGGAGAAAAGUAACCAACGUGAGAAAAGCGACCAGUAGAACCAGGUGGCCCACUAAGCAUAGUAAGACGAAUGGGGCCAGAUUGCUCAAUAGGCUACGGAAGAUUUAUGUGGUCACAAGGCCAUAUCCACGACCUACUCCCCAACUCUACGGACCCCCAAGCAAUCACUACCCAACGGUACGUCCCCACCUGCCGAUCCCUCAUCCACCAAUAACUCCACAGGUGCAACCACGACACUCUUGGGAAGGUGUUAUAAUGGAGGCUAUAAACGAAGUCAAUGAGGAAGACGGUGAGAUGAAGCGGCGAUUGGAUUCAGGUCUUGACAAAUAUGCUAAUGAUUUUACCGAUCUUGAUCCACUGCUGUUCUCGGAGAGUCCGGAAAAUGCCGACGCAUUUUCGCGGCAGAGCAGAGUCAUCAACUGGAUUUCACGAAUUCUCAAACAACGACAUCCCAGCUAUACACUGAGUGACGUGCUGCGACGAGCAGCCGCCCGUCAGCACGGUGUCGUUUGUCCAUUCAGACCUCCACGGGACUGCUCCAAACAGAGGUACAGAACUGUUGACGGAAGCUGUAAUAACUUGGGUAAUCCGCUCUGGGGAGCGACCUUCACACCAUUUGUAAGGACCCUGCCUGCUGUGUACGAAGAACGAGAUGGGCGUGACGAUUACCCCGAAGUCACUCGGUCACCGGUGAGCCAUUGCCCAACCCCCGUGUCGCCUCACGGAAAGUGCGCAAACUUCCCUAUUCCUGAACAAGACUUUUUCCGGACUUUCAACAGGGACUGUAUGGAAUUUCCUCGCUCUUUGGAAGUGACGGACUUACAGUGCUCGGAUGGGUCACGUGAGCAGCUCAAUCAGGCCUCUUCCUUCAUUGACGGAGGGGCAGUGUACGGAGCCACGAAAAACAAAUCUGACAAUCUCAGGCAAUUCAAGGGAGGGUUGUUGAUGAUGUCUGUUCCCCAGCAACUGCCCAUAAUACCUCACGGCAACACCCAGGCUACCAUGCAGGGAUAUGCUUUCUAUGCCACAGAUUGCAAGGAUCUGGCGAGGAGGCAUCGUGACUGGAUGACGAAAGGCUUUUUCAGAGAGACUAGGAGAAUCAUCAUCGCCAUGAUACAGCACAUCACAUUCGCCGAGUAUUUGCCAGCCAUCCUUGGUCCUGACCUCAUCCAAAAGUACGAACUGGGUCAUCUUAAUGACGGACACUACACGGGCUACGAUGCCACCCACAACCCGAGUCUUGCCAACUCAUUCGCCACGGUAGCCAUGAGAUUCGGUCACACAAGCGUGAUAAACAAUCUGUACGAGACUGACGAAGGCACUGGUGUCGACUUGGCGGCCAACAACGUACAGAGAGAGCGGGAUCACGGACUGCCGUCGUAUGAAGAGUGGAGAAGAUAUUUUGGAUUAUCUGUGCCCAGCAAGUUUGACACGUCUCCCCAAGGGUUUAAUAGCCACACCCCAGACACGGUGAAGGGAUUGAGCGAAUUGUACAAGGAUGCGAGGGACGUGGACCUCUUUACGGCUGGGGUGUCAGAAGUUCCGGUACAUCAGGGGGCAGUGGGACCCACAUUCGGUAACAUUCUGGCGAAACAGUUCAAUGCGUUAAAGAAGGGUGACAGAUACUGGUAUGAAACUAGCGAACAACCACAAGCAUUUACUUUAGCACAGCUCCGUGAGAUCAAGAAAGUGACGAUUGCUCAUCUGUUGUGUAAGACAUAUAAUUUCAAGAGAAUACAAAAACGAGCAUUUUUCAAUCCAGAUGAGAAUACAAACAAUCUGGUGCCGUGUUCAUCAAUACCAUCAUUAAACCUGAACGUCUUUUAG